AUGGCUGCUGAAGCACCCAAGACUGCUAAACGUGAUGCCCUCCGUGCUCUUGAAGACAAGGCGCGUAGCCUCUGGGACAGCGAAAAGGCAUUCGAAAUCGAUGCUCCUACUAUUGAGGAACAUCCCAACUCUGAGAAUCUCCAUGAAGUGUAUCCCAAGUACAUGUCUUGUAUGCCUUACCCUUACAUGAACGGUCGUCUUCAUUUGGGACAUGCCUUUACCUUUUCCAAGGUUGAAUUUGGUACUGGUUAUGAACGUAUGAAGGGUAAGAGAGCUUUGUUGCCCCAAGGUUUCCACGUUACUGGUAUGCCCAUUAAGGCCAGUGCUGAUAAAAUUGCUCGCGAGAUUGAGAUGUUUGGAAAGAACUUUGAAAAAUACGAGGAAUUGGCUUUAGCUGAUGCCCUCGAAAAGAAGGCCGAAGUCAAGAACGUCAAGAGUAAGGUCGCUGCCAAGACCGGCAAUGUCACCUAUCAGUUCCAAAUCAUGCUCUCUCUUGGUAUCCCCAUCACCGAAAUUCACAAGUUUGCUGAGCCUUACUACUGGACUGAAUUCUUCCCUCCUCAAACCAUCUCUGACAUGAACGCCUUCGGUGCCAAGGUCGAUUGGCGUCGCUCCUUCAUCACCACUGAUGCCAAUCCUUACUACGAUUCAUUCAUCCGCUGGCAAAUGAGAAAGUUGAAGCAAAUGCAAAAGAUCAAGUUUGGCGAGCGUUACACCAUCUACUCUAUUGUCGACAAUCAACCCUGUAUGGAUCAUGAUCGUGCUUCUGGUGAGGCUGUUGGUCCUCAAGAUUACACUGGUAUCAAGAUGAAGGUCCUUGAAUGGUCCAAACCCGCUCAAGAGGCUCUUGCUGCCAAUGCUGAGGCUCUCAAGGGUAAGAAUGUAUACUUGGUUGCCGCUACUCUCAGACCUGAGACCAUGUACGGUCAAACCAACUGUUUCGUCGGCCCUGAACUCCAAUACGGUAUUUACAACAUCAACGACACUGAUGCUUACCUCUGUACCGAACGUGCUGCCCGCAACAUGUCUCAACAAAAGAUCUUUGCAAAUGGCCGCACUACCAUCGAGAAGCUUGCUGAUAUUAAGGGUGCUGCUGUUGUCGGUACCAAGAUCCACGCUCCCCUGAGCAAGUAUCCUGCUGUCUACGUUCUUCCCAUGGAGACUGUUUUGGCCACCAAGGGUACUGGUGUUGUUACUUCUGUCCCCUCUGAUUCUCCUGAUGAUUUCGCCACCUUGACUGAUCUCAAGAAGAAGCCCGAAUACUACCACAUUGAUCCUGAGUGGGUCAACUUUGUCGAACCUAUUCCCGUCAUCACCACUCCCAACUACGGCAACCUCAUUGCUCCCAAGCUUUGCGAAAUCAAAAAGAUCAACUCUCAAAAGGAUAAGAACCAACUCGCUGAAGCCAAGGAGAUCGCCUACAAGGAAGGCUUCUAUAACGGUGUUAUGUGUGUUGGUGAGUAUAACGGCCUCAAGGUGCAAGAAGCCAAGCCAAAGGUUAGAGCCACUUUGAUCGAGUCUGGUGAGGCCUUUGUCUACAAUGAACCCGAGAGUCUUGUCAUGUCUCGUUCCGGCGAUGAGUGUGUUGUUGCUCUUAUGGAUCAAUGGUACAUUGACUACGGAGAGGAGGAGUGGCUGGCAAAGACCAAGAAGUGUUUGGCUCAAAUGAACACCUUCACUGCCGAGACCAGACAUCAAUUCGAAGCUGUUUUAGACUGGUUGAACAAGUGGGCUUGUGCCCGUAGCUUUGGCUUGGGUACCAAGCUGCCUUGGGAUGAGCAAUUCUUGGUCGAGUCUCUCUCUGAUUCCACCAUCUACAUGGCUUACUACACUGUUGCCAAUCUCUUGCACGGUGGCUCUUUGAACGGCAGCAAGGUCGGCCCCGCUGGCAUCAAGGCUGAGCAAUUGAUCGACGCUGAUUGGGAUUACAUCUUCAAGAUUGGUGAGUACUCUUCCGAGAGCACUAUUCCCCAAGCUACUCUUGAUCGUUUGAGACGUGAGUAUGAGUACUUUUACCCAUUGGAUCUUCGUGCUUCCGGUAAGGAUCUUAUUCCCAACCAUUUGACCUUCUUCAUGUACAACCACACUGCCAUCUUCCCUGAGAGCAUGUGGCCUCGCGGUGUCCGUUCCAACGGCCAUUUGAUGCUUGACUCCAAGAAGAUGUCCAAGUCUACUGGUAACUUUAUGACCAUGAACGACGCCAUUAUCAAGUACGGUGCUGAUGCUACUCGUUUUGCUCUUGCUGAUGCUGGUGAUACCGUUGAGGAUGCUAACUUUGAGGAUUCCACUGCCAAUGCUGCCAUCUUGCGUCUCCACACUCUCUUAGACUGGAUUGAAGAGCAAAUUGCCAAGGCUGAUACUCUUCGCACCGGUGAAUACAAUUUCUUUGACAAGAUCUUUGACAACGAAAUGAACAAGUUGCUUGAGCUCACUGAAGCUGCUUAUGAAGCUACUUACUACCGUGAAGUUCUUAAGAACGGUGCUUACGAAUUCCAAGCUGCCAAGGAUACUUAUCAACUUGCCUGUACCGAGACUGGCAUGCAUAAGGAUCUCGUCUUGCGUUAUAUUGAACUUCAAGCUUUGUUCUUGGCUCCUAUUACUCCUCACUGGUCUGAACACGUUUGGGGUACUGUCCUUAAGAAGCAAGGUUUGAUCGUCAAUGCUCGUUUCCCCAAGGUGAGCGCUCCUGUCGAUGAAUCUCUUGAGGCUGCUACUCGUUACAUUCGUAAGACCAUCAAGUCCAUUCGUGAUGCUGAGAUCAAUGCCAUGAAGAAGAAGAAAGGAAAGGCUGCUGUCGAAUACAACGCCAAAGACCCCAAGUCUCUCAAGAUCUACGUUGCUACCAAGUUCCCUGAAUGGCAAGAAGCCUGUUUGGCUGCUAUGAAGGCCAACUACGUUGACAAUCAAUUCGACGAUGUCAAGAUCCGUCAAGAACUCGGUGCUCAAGGUAUUCUCAAGAAUAAGAAGGCCAUGCCUUUCGUCCAAGAGCAAAAGAAGAUCAUUUUGAAGGACGGCCCUGUUGGCUUCAACCGUACUUUGAGCUUCAAUGAGGUUGAGACUCUCGAAAAGGCCAAGGACGAAUUCAAACGUGCUCUUGGUUUUGACACCAUUCAAAUUCUUGGACACGAUCAAUGGACUGAAGAGGACACGAAGGCUGCUGAAUCUGCUGUUCCUGGUAUUCCUUCUUUCAGUUUCAAGAAUGAAUCCAAAUAG